AAAAGAACAACCGCCCACCUCCCCGAAAACUCACCUCCUACCUCCCUAUCUCGCCAUCUCUACCGGAAAAGGAAAGAAAGAGUAAGCCGGAAGUAGGUCGGCGAGGCGAUAUAUGUAGCAGAGACGGCCCAAGGGGAUUAAAAAAUGGCAGCGACUGAUAUAUGCAUUAUUUUCUCGCAUGGACCUUACCUUGGGAAAUUCUAAUCCCUAUAUCUUCUUUCCGCGUGCCCGACACUCCACGGAAGUUCCCUUUUUUUGACUCUACUAUGGAUCCUGAAUUCCUUUGCAGCUCCCUCAUUAAGUUUCUUCGGUUUUAGAGGAGAUGGGGUGGUUUAGUCUAUCAUGGCGAUUUGCUACUUUGAUUUUGCUCUGUUGGGAGCUGGAAAUCGCUGCUGCUGUCAGCGUUCAAGGUAAGGCUCUGUUGAGGUUGAAGGAGAAGUUGGUGGAUCCGUUCGGCGUUAUAGCGGAUUGGAAUGAGGAGGGCGCUUCUGAUCCAUGGUCGUUGUGUGGUGCGGAAUGCACUGAUGGAAGAGUUGCGUCUCAUUUGGACCUGAUUGCCUUAUCAACAAAUUGAGUAUCCGGAGCAUCCAUUGGUUAGUUUCUCCUGGCUGAAAAUUAUUAAUGUAGCAUUGAUCCCAGUGAAUUGAUAUCAUGGUGUGCCUGCAAAUGCAAUUUUAUGCACUAAUGUUGUUGUGGACGUGUUUGAUCCAUAUAUGUCUGCGGGUGUUAUUAGAAAUUUACUAGCAAAUACGGAACAAGCCUAAGAAAGGAAAAAUAGAGAGAAAGAGAAAACUUGAUAGAUAAGCUCUAGAAAUUUCACUAGAUCUCAGUCAAUCAUAUUAUGCUAUGCUCAUCCUCUUACUCUCUAUUUAUAGUUUAAGAUUGAGGUUCAAUGCUAAAAGAAUGAUUACAUCAAGUAAUACAAAUAAAAUUAAAUAACAAGACUUAACAAUGUUUGUUGUAAAAAUGUACAAGUGUUGUUGCAUGAUAGCUAUUCAAGUACUUGGGCAGCUCUUAAUGAGUUCUAUGUUGAGGAAAAGAUCAUUUGAGGAAGAGCUUCUUAUGCAAACUCACUUGGGGAGAUUAACGACUCCUCUUACUCUCCAUGUGAUGUCUAAAAAUUUGAUUAGAAUUCUUUAAAUAUAAAUUAUGUUUAACCUCAUGAGAUGAAAGAUACCCUUGAUUUUUGUGUUUAAAAGCAUACGCAUGUAAAUUUUACUUCGAAUAAAAAUGAUGGUUGUU